AAUGCUGUUCAAAGACUACAGCAGAAGGCUAGCGGAAGCAGCGGCGGCUACAGGAGUAUUUUUCAGAGUGCUUUAAAAAAUUUGGAGGAUCACGUUAUCGAUGUUCAGAGCUGUCCAGGAAACAAAUAUCAAAGGGGUAAUCUUCAGAGGCACCAUCGUCCUCCCAGCUGCAGGCCCAUGUCUGGCGGUGACCUGGUGAUCUCUGUACCCACCAGAAGCCACCCCGACCCCCGCUACUACCCGGAGCAGCUGCAGUCCAGCCUGCAAGUGUUCCAGAUCGGCAAGGGACGACCAACGACAGCCGGCUACAGGUCGUUGACUCCCACGGGAGCACGGCGACCAGCAAGUGACAG